UCCAUCGUCCACGGCCACAAUAACAAUCAGUGCCGGGCACGCUAACCAAUAAAUUAGACUUGGGAUCCUUUCACAACAAUCAUCCUCUUCUUCUUGGCUUUGCUAAAUCGACAAUUUGCCUUUGCUAAAUCGACAAUUUGCCAAAACCUCGUCUCCAUGGAUCCUAAAAACAGAGAUUUCCUAAACCACCUCGAAACAUACCUCGCCAAAAGAGACGGCGUAGACAAGCUCCUGAAGAUCUCUCGUUACACAACCAAGAUCAUCCUCGCAUCAUCCCUUCUCCCAGAAUCGGGAUCCCUAACUCACCGCCUCAAGAGCUUUGAAUCAAGCGUCGGAGUCAGCCGCAAAGCCUUCCGUCUCGGAAAAUUCGUACAAGACAUCAACGCCCUCAGAGCCUCGCCACGUGACUCGAGCCGCGACCUCCUCCUUCUGGUAAUCGCGUACGGGGGCGAAGGGUUGUACUACUUCGUCGAGCAGUUCAUCUGGUUAGCGAAAUCGGGAUUGAUCGAUGCGAAAUGGUUGCAGAAGAUCAGCGCAUGGGCAGAGCUCGUGGGGUAUGUUGGGAGCGUUUCGUUGAAGAUUAGGGAUUUGAGGAAGAUUGAGAUGUCUAAUGGAGGAGAAGAGGAGAAGAUGAAGAAGCUUAAGGAGAAGAAGACAUUGAAAGUGUUGUCCAUCUUGCAAGAUCUUGCUGAUGGGUUGAUGACGAUCGCAGAUCUUAGGGAUGGUAAGGGAGUGUUAUCAGCUCCGAGUGUGAUUUCUUCAGCAGGUUUGUUCUCAGCCAUUAUCAGUACUCACAAGAACUGGGUUUCUUGUUGAUCAUUCGUUUCCGUAAUCGAUAUACUCAAUAAAUAGUUUCAUUUUUUGGUUCUUGUCUGCUUUAUUACAUCACUGAUGUUUUGUUUCAGUGUUCCUCUCAAAUUCAAUGUUUUAUCAGAUAUAUAAACAGAGUUGAAGAAA